AAAGCGGGGGAAAGAGAACGCGUUCAAAGGAGAUAAUCGAUUUUUCCUAUCUUUGUAUAAGAAGUCGCGUAUUUUUUUUGGAUUUUUUGAGCAUAUUAUUAUUCGUGCUCUUUGGUUUUGGGUGAAGGAAAGACAGAGGAGGAAAAUCAACACUAAUAAUAUCAAGAUUACAGAGCAAGACACGGAUUUCUGAGUCAGGCGGGGAGCUACAAAUUGCGAGGGAAAUAACUUUUAACAGAACGCAAAGGCUUUGAUUUUGUCUACGCUGUUUGGAACUUCUUUUUCGCUGGAGAAUAAUGCGUGUCCUACUUAUUUUGGCUAUGGCUUAGGGUUUUUGUGGCAUUCAAGGGUUUUGAGGUAAAGGGUUCCAGUCGAGGAAACCGAUUACUUCGGCUACAGGUCCGCGCGUUUUUUUUAAGCGAAGUAGAAAAAAGAGCAAGUGCCAUGGCGGAAAAGCUUUUGGACCUCUCGCAGCCCAUUGACGUUCCUCUUCUUGAUGCUACUGUUGCGGCUUUUUACGGUACUGGAUCCAAAGAAGAGAGAGCAGCAGCAGAGCGUAUAUUGCGAGAGCUACAAAAUAAUCCAGAUACAUGGCUUCAAGUUGUUAGUAUUUUACAAAAUUCACAAAAUCUGAACACAAAGUUCUUUGCGCUUCAGGUUCUUGAAGGAGUUAUCAAAUAUCGGUGGAACGCAUUGCCUGUUGAACAACGUGAUGGAAUAAAGAACUUUAUAUCAGAUCUUAUUGUUCAGCUAUCAGGUGAUGAAGUUUCAUUCCGUCGAGAGAAGCUUUAUGUAAACAAGCUUAAUGUAAUACUGGUUCAGGUGUUGAAGCAUGAAUGGCCAGGCAGAUGGCCAAGAUUUAUACCUGACCUUGUUUCAGCUGCAAAGAGUAGUGAAACAAUAUGUGAAAAUUGUAUGGCUAUUCUGAAGCUACUUAGUGAAGAAGUUUUUGACUUUUCUCGAGGUGAGAUGACACAGCAGAAGAUUAAGGAACUUAAGCAGUCAUUGAACAGUGAAUUCCAGCUUAUACAUGAACUGUGUCUCUAUGUAUUAUCUGUAUCACAGCGACCUGAACUUAUAAGGGCAACUUUGGCCACUCUUCAUGCAUUUUUAUCAUGGAUUCCUCUUGGUUAUAUCUUUGAAUCUCCCCUGCUUGAUACUUUGCUAAAUCUUUUUCCUGUACCCGCAUACAGAAAUUUGGCUUUGCAAUGCUUAACUGAGGUUGCAGCACUCAAUUUUGGGGACUUCUAUGAUACACAAUUUGUGAAGCUUUAUACAAUCUUCAUGGUGCAAUUGCAGACUAUACUACCACCCGGAACAAAAAUCCCAGAGGCCUAUGCAAAUGGAUCAACUGAAGAACAGGCAUUCAUUCAGAAUCUGGCACUUUUCUUCACUUCAUUUUACAAGUCACACAUCCGCAUACUUGAAAGUACUCCUGAAAACCAGACUGCACUUCUCAUGGGUCUUGAAUAUCUGAUUGGUAUUUCUUACGUGGAUGACACUGAAGUUUUCAAGGUUUGUCUGGACUAUUGGAAUGCUAUAGUUCUGGAACUUUUUGAGGCACAUAAUGCUUCUGACAAUCCUGCUGCCACUGUUAAUGCCUUGGGACUUCAGAUUCCUUUACUUUCUGGUAUGGUUGAUGGGCUUGGAUCUCAGCUUAUACAGCGGAGACAGCUGUAUGCUCAACCUAUGUCCAAGUUGAGAAUGCUCAUGAUUUGUCGUAUGGCUAAGCCUGAAGAAGUUCUAAUUGUAGAAGAUGAGAAUGGAAACAUUGUUAGAGAGACUAUGAAAGAUAAUGAUGUUCUUGUUCAGUACAAGAUAAUGAGGGAGACACUAAUUUACUUAUCACACCUUGAUCAUGAAGAUACAGAACAACAGAUGCUGAAAAAGCUUAGUAAACAACUUAAUGGUGAGGACUGGACAUGGAACAACUUGAACACGUUAUGCUGGGCAAUUGGAUCUAUUUCAGGUUCUAUGAUGGAGGACCAGGAAAAUCGGUUUUUGGUGACAGUUAUUCGAGAUUUAUUGAACCUAUGUGAAAUCACGAAGGGAAAAGAUAAUAAAGCUGUGAUUGCAAGUAACAUCAUGUAUGUGGUGGGACAAUACCCGAGGUUUUUAAGAGCUCACUGGAAAUUUUUGAAAACUGUUGUUAAUAAACUUUUUGAAUUCAUGCACGAGACUCAUCCUGGAGUACAGGACAUGGCAUGCGAUACAUUCCUAAAGAUAGUGCAAAAGUGCAAGAGAAAGUUUGUAGUUGUCCAGGUUGGAGAAGCCGAGCCAUUUGUUUCUGAACUUCUAACCAGCCUUGCAACAACAAUUGCUGAUCUUGAACCCCACCAGAUACAUACAUUUUAUGAAUCUGUGGGGCAGAUGAUUCAAGCUGAAUCAGAUCCACAAAAACGAGAUGAGUAUCUUCAGAGGCUAAUGGAACUUCCAAAUCAGAAAUGGGCUGAAAUCAUCGGUCAAGCAAGGCAAAGCGUUGAGUUCCUAAAAGAUCAGGAAGUUAUUAAAACAGUGCUGAACAUACUGCAGACAAAUACAAGUGUGGCUAGCUCCCUUGGAACAUUUUUUUUGAGUCAGAUAACAUUAAUAUUCUUGGACAUGCUAAAUGUUUAUAGAAUGUACAGUGAACUCAUAUCUAAAAGCAUAGCAGAGGGUGGCCCAUUUGCUUCUAAAACAUCAUAUGUUAAACUUCUGAGGUCUGUGAAGCGGGAAACACUCAAAUUGAUUGAGACCUUUGUAGACAAAGCAGAAGAUCAACCUCAUAUUGGGAAGCAAUUUGUACCUCCUAUGAUGGAUUCAGUUCUGGGUGACUAUGCACGGAAUGUCCCUGAUGCUAGAGAAUCUGAAGUCUUAUCAUUAUUUGCAACUAUAAUAAACAAGUAUAAAGGUGCAAUGAUGGAUGAUGUACCUCGCAUUUUUGAAGCUGUCUUUGCAUGCACGUUGGAGAUGAUUACAAAAAAUUUUGAGGACUACCCUGAGCAUCGAUUGAAGUUUUUUUCGUUGCUAAAGGCAAUUGCCACAUACUGUUUCCGUGCCUUAUUUGUAUUAUCAAGUCAGCAACUGAAACUUGUAAUGGAUUCCAUAAUAUGGGCAUUUCGUCACACUGAAAGAAAUAUUGCUGAGACGGGUCUCAACUUGCUUCUUGAGAUGCUAAAGAAUUUCCAGGUUUCAGAAUUUUGUAAUCAGUUCCACCAAACUUACUUUCUAACAAUCGAGCAAGAAAUAUUUGCAGUUUUAACAGACACAUUCCACAAGCCAGGAUUCAAACCACAUGUUUUAAUUUUACAGCACUUGUUUUGUCUGGUGGAUUCUGGAGCUUUAACUCAGCCUUUAUGGGAUAUUACUGCACUUGGCCCAACUGCCUAUCCAAAUAAUGUGGUUUUUGUUCGUGAGUACACAAUAAAACUAUUAGGAACUUCGUUUCCGAACAUGACAGCAGCAGAGGUGACACUUUUUGUUGAUGGGCUUUUUGAGUCCCGAAAUGAUCUUUCUACUUUCAAGAACCAUAUCCGAGACUUCCUUGUGCAGUCUAAAGAGUUCUCAGCUCAGGACAACAAAGAUCUAUAUGCAGAAGAAGCAGCUGCUCAAAGAGAAAGAGAACGCCAACGGAUGCUUAGCAUUCCUGGACUAAUUGCCCCAAUUGAAUUGCAAGAUGAAAUGGUGGACACAUAAAGAUGUCUCAAAGCCACAUAUUUUCAUUUAGUUGCAAAACUGGCAUGGCUUGUCUACCUUGUCAGAUUCAUUUUUGGGGGCACAAUCAGAGCUUCUGAUCACAUUUAGUAAAUUAAGAUGUGUUCCAAGGGUUGUGCCUUUAUUGCGAGAGUUAACCUUAACUACUAGUGAUACUUCUGAGCACGGUUGCAGAUGCAUUGGAGGCAUCUAACAGCUCUCAAGUAGUUGAAGUAGGGGUAGCUCCCUUAGGGCUUGGUAAAGCCCUUCUAGCUUUGAGUUGGUGGCUAGUACUCUGGCAGGUUGAAAUUUAAAAUCUCAAACAAGUGUGAUUUCUCCCGACAUGUUUGUUGUGUGAUAAAUCUGUUCUUGCCUAGUUCGAUGAGCCAGCCAUGACUGAUUAAUAUAAGAUUUGGGAAUCUUGAGAGGAUUUUUUUAGAAAAAGCUAUAAUUUUUUGGUUGUAAGCUAUGUCGGUUGGUGACAUGCCUUUCCCUUGGACCAUUCAUGUUUUCAGUACUGCUCCCCAUUCUUUUCGCCAAUUGCAGAUUCUGUGUUUAACUUAUCUUCUUUCUGAUUUUGUUGUAAGGCAUGCUUAUACAUUAUGGACACUCUACAUCAUGUCUUUAGCCAGGAAUAUGUUUGCUAGCAGUUUUCGCUAUUACGAUUC